GCUCUAUCUUUCAGCGAGAUCUUCGAGAUCCCUUGAAUUUUAAAAUUCCUCGAGAAGACGUGAAAAUCGAUUUAGGCGGCCAAUAAUCGAUUUGUGGUCUAUGCUCGAACUGUUUCAAAGAUUGAACCAACAUUUAGGUCGUUUUCAAGGCACACUUUUCAAAUACAAUUUUUGUUCAGAAUAUUUCUAACGAUAAACGUUCGUUUGAAACGCAUACCAGCAACACACAUCGCAGGUACGUAGGAUGUUAUGUGUGUACUCGUACAGUCGUACAUCAUGCAAAGUACAUACAUCUGACGAGUAAAUUAAACACAUUUGAUGUUUGCUCGAUCGACGGUAGCGGCGAAGUUUUCGUAAAAUUUGAGUAUUCCAUCAGUUGCUUGUAGCGACUUGUUUAUGUAUUCUACCUAAAGCUGUAUUCAUCUAUGAAAAUAUUACGACAGAUUUAUGAUUAUUGCGAUGAUUUCAUUUCGCAUUGCCACACAUCGAAUGAUCGUUGAAAAUUGAUAUAAGCUUAAAAUAAUCAGAAAUCCUACAUUGAACAUUCAGUUCACACAGACCAUUAUUUCUAUUGAGAAUCAACGAUGUAUUCCCGUAACUUUGCAAUGAACUUGGUACACAUUUCACUAGCCAGUUGGACGAUUUUUAAGCUCGUCCAAGAAGCUGUCUCAUUGAAGGAAGCUGUGAUGCUCCGAGAGUACCAAGGAAUCCCAUUAGCAGUGAUAAAAAAGAACAACUCGUCUCUACAACUUGCGAUACCUCACGUAUAUAAACCAAGCACAUAUCACCCGUAUGUCAGUUAUAGUUACGAUGAUUCCGAAGACGAAAAUGGCCCUAAAGAAGAAAUGAUGAUUGCGUGCCCCGCACAAGGAGAAAAACAAUUACAAGUGGAAAAGGAUUGGAAAACUCGUGUUUUGACCACUAAAGAAAGUACGCUACUUUUUCUGUACGAGUACACAAACCGAGACGCGUUGUGCAGUUCGCGAAAGUUCCAACCCUCGAUUAAUAAAGUUGAAGAAAACAGUGAUGAUCUCGUAAACCAUUGCAACCAAUUGGAUGCAGACAUGUAUGAAGUCGGAUAUCCGGUAUCAAACGACGAUGAAGGAAAGGAUAUCAAGUUUUUAUCCACGUAUAAAAUAUGCUAUUCAAACAUCGAAGACAAAGAAGCUACACUAUACUCGAUUCACCGUAUCGAAUCACCGGAUCUGUUGUUUAUGGGUAUAAUAAGAGAACCUAAUGAACAUGCAACAUAUAGGUUUUGGCACUAUCACGAAUCGAUUUUGGAUUCCAAUUUGAGCACUAUAGAUUCUAUUUUGGACAUGAAGAACUAUAAAUAUCAGUUUGUGGGACUUGAUGAUAUGCCAAGUGAUCCGUGGAAACGGACAACUUACUUUCUUUUCAACUAUACUGCCAUCACUAGAAAUAAAGAUUUAUUCAAAGGCGUGAUAAGAGUUGAUUGGUACAUUAGACUAUACAGUUAUAAAAAAAACAUGCCGUUGAAUUUGUACUCAGGUACGCGUCAAAAAGUGAUACAAGAUGCUCCACCUGUUGAUUCGUUUUGGAGAGUUAUUUUGGAUGAUGCCGGUAACGCCAUCAUUUUAGUAACGCAGCACACUCAAAAGAAAUGCGACCAAGAUUAUUUAUGCGAAAAAAACCGUCAAGUAAAAACAUACGAGGCUGGGGGCUGCAUAUACACCUGUUCGCUUGAAACGAAUGAAAAUCUACUCAGAGAACUAGGUUUGUCGUUCUUGAAGAUCAAUGGAGACUUGGAUUUUACACUACAAACAGAUGAAACUGAGGUAGCGACUGCAGAGGGACCUGAGACUUCGAAUACAAAACCCACUCACACCACUGGAAUUAUCGAAUUCUUGGACAAUGAAAGUUUCAAGGAUGCUCUGUUAAACAUUGAUAAGAAAAUUUUAAAAAUUGCGGGUUUUCGAGAUGAAUCAUCCUGGUAGUGAUAUUGUAGAUUAGGACUUCAAAAUGCGCUUUAAGGUACAGUGGGGUAAUUGCAAAGCACUUUUUGAUUAGUAACACUUUGAGAGGGCUCCGUGAAAUUUGUGCCACUUAUACUGCAGCCCGGGGUUCUCUAUCAAUGGUAAACUUUUGGUAAAAUUUUGUCCACAAAUCGUGGAGAAAAUUGCAAUUUUAAAAUUUGAGAAUCGACUUUUGCAUUUACCCCAUGUUUGGGUAAAUGCAAAAGUGGGCAAUAUUUUUUACAUUUUUUUAUUUUUUGCAUUUUCAACACACUCACUGUAUUCUAUGUACGUGUCAUUUGCUAACUUUUGAUGUAUUCGUGGUCUUGAUUCAGUAAAAAAUUCGAUAACUUUUCCACUUCCCAAAAAAAUUUUUAGGGGAGUGAAAAAAUGUUGAAAAAUUACUUUUUUUCAAACUCGCUAAAAUGAACAAAAAAUCAACUAUUGAUCAUUUCUGAUGUUUUUUAUGUAAAAAAACUCGUCAUAGAAAAGAAACACAUUUUUCGCCAAAUAUAUUAGUAAAACGUUAAAAAGGAGCAAUAAUGUUAAAAUUCAGUAAAAUUGUUAAUCACUUCCCUAACAUGUAACUCAUUCAAAAAAUUAAAAUCAAAAUACGCCUUUAUUCUGAAUUAGUUGUGUACAAAGCAAUAACAUAGAAAAAUACAAAAAUAAAGUACAUAGCAAAAAAUGAUAAUAGAAAUAAAAAAUGCACACAAAUGCAUCAGAAGAUUUUUUCUGGGGUACUUGCAAAAACGCAAUUUACGGCCAAAAUUUUAAAAAAAUUUCAAAUUGCGAUAUCUUACCUCAAACUUUAAUCUUUCAUGACCCUAAAUCGUGAAAAUUUCAGAUAAAUCGACAGUUUUUUCUAUUUUACAUACAUUUUUUUAAAAAACACCUCUUACUUUACUUAUGAGUGGUUUCAACAUGCUUUAAUAAAUGUGUUUACUACGGAGUGACAAGUUGAACCCCGCGAGUUGUGACCAAGUGAUGAGGUCACAAUUUUGCAAUUACCCCACUCUACCUUACAUAUUAAUUUUAUGUUAUUAAUAUUUGUGUUACGUUUAUGUAUUCAAUAAGCUGUUACAUUCACUUUUCGUUUUUGUUUUCAAUCAAUAUUAGAAUAAAUUUGUUUCAGGUUA